AUGGCGUCCGCCAACCUUAAAGACGAGCUCAACUGCUCGAUCUGCCUCCAGUUCUACACGGAGCCUGUAACCCUGCGGUGUGGACACAGCUUCUGCCAGGGCUGCAUCAGGUCCGUGCUGGAUACUCAAGCGGGGUCCAAAGCCUACACCUGUCCAGAAUGCCGAGCCGAGUACCCCAAGCGUCCCCCCUUGCAACGCAACACGAAGCUUUGUAACAUAGUGGAGCAUUUCCGACUGACCAAACCCGAGCAGAAGAAAGCCGGCAUCUAUUGCACCUACUGCGUCCACUCUUCCGUCCCGGCGGUGAAAACGUGUCUCAUGUGCGAGGCUUCCUUGUGCGAAGUUCACCUAAGCGUGCACAGCAACUCCACGGAUCAUGUCUUGACCGAGCCCACCAGUUCCAUCGAAAGCCGGAAAUGUCCAACUCACAAGGAGAUCCUGAAAUAUUACUGUUGCAAGGAUGCUAGAUGUAUCUGUGUUUCCUGUUGUGUUUUUGGGGAACAUCGGGGGCACCAUGUGGAGCUUCUGAAGGAAGCCUCGGAGAAGAAGAAAGACAGACUUAGGAAGGUUCUGGAGAAGUUGACUUCAAAGAGAGAAGAGACGGAGAAGAGCGUCCAGAACCUACAAGAUCACAAGGCAGAGGUGCAAGAAAGAGCAUCUACGGUCACGGCCCAAGUUACAGCCCUGUUCAUAGACCUCCGAGAGCAACUCAAGAUUUUGGAGGAGCGGAUCCUGACCGACAUCUCCAGGCAGAAAGAUAAAGUUUCACUGUCAGUCUCAGAUCUCAUUCAGCAGCUGGAAAUAAAGAAAGAAGAUCUGCUAAGGAAGAUGUCCCACACCGAGGAACUGUGCAAGAUGGCUGACCCACUCACCGUCCUACAAGGAAGGGAGUUCGGCAGGGCCGAUUUUGAUGAGGGGCACGACAAAAAGGUCCAGGUCAUAGACGAUCUGGAUGAAGUGUCCAUCUCGCUGACCUUAAGCUCGUCCUUGUCCAAUAUUGUGACCAAUACAAAAAAAGGGUUCAGCGUUCAAGAUAUGCUAUUGGACGCAAACACGGCGGCAGUCGAUGUGGCCAUUUCGGGGGACCUGAAAAGCGCGACCUGGUCAAAGACGACGCUGUGGGCCAAAACGCCACGCCGGUUCAAGAAUUAUUGCCAAGUGUUGAGCUUUCAGACCUUCAGCUCGGGGAAACAUUACUGGGCCAUAGAGACCAGUGAACUUGGGAACUGGAGGGCUGGGGUGGCCUAUCCCAGCAUGGAACGGAAAGGGGAUGCGUCCGGCAUCGGGCAAAACAACAAAUCUUGGUGUUUACGCUUGUGUCAGAAAGAUUAUCUGGUGUCUCACAACGCAAAAGAAGUCAAGUUAGACGUGGAUUCUCCUCUACAGAAAUUGGGGGUAUAUCUGGAUUAUGAGAAGGGCCGUCUGUCCUUCUACCAGCUGUGUGAUCCCAUCAGACACCUCCACACCUUCACCUCCACCUUCACCGAGCCCCUCCAUGCCGUGCUGUUGGUAUGGAAGGAUGGCUGGGUGAGGCUCAGGAAUUAG